AUGAAUCUAUGCAUCAGCACGAACCUUAGCUACACCUAUUCCAGAAAAGCUUCUCGAGUUUCCGUCGUGUCCAUCGCUCCAGUUCCAAAGAAGAAACCUUCUCUUACCCUUCCUCCAAUCAGACAUGUUCCACCUCAGCAUCGGCCUACAACUGAACUAGCUACAGUUGAGGUGCCAGAUCCUGAUAGUUCUACUCUUCCUGCACCUUCUUUAUCCAGUCAACGUCGGCUUUCUGCGUGCUAUUUGACUGAAUUGAAACUCAUGGACAUCGGCCCUCCGCCUCGCGAUCUAGAAGCUGAGGAAGAAGCGAAAGAAAGGGAACGAAAAAAGAGAUUAUCUCUUGACGUAACAGCAUGA